CAGUACAUCAGGGAUCAUCUGUUGGGGUUUGUAUCAGACCCAUCAGCUGGAAGUGUCCUGGCAAAAGAAACUAGUGAAGUUCUGAAUGAUAUCUGCUCUGAUGGAGGCUCAGAGAAGAGAUAUCGCAAAUUCCACCAUCACCAGGGGUUGACCCCAUCGGAGAUCAUUUGGAAGCUGAAGAGCAAGAAUGUGAAUAUCUGCUCAAUGAUGCUUCUAUGGAAUCCAAAUCCUGCCGAUCCUCAGUUCUUCAGAGGGAUGUUCUACAUCUGGUUUCAGGCCUUUAUUGCAUAUGGCUGGCUGAAUGAAAUUGCAGAGGAUAUGCUGGUACUAGUCUCCAUUGGCUGUUUGGUUUGGGGAUCUGCUGGUGACUUCAUAUCAAAGAAUGUGAUGUGCAUGACUUUCAAGGAGGGCCAGAUCCUAGAGAACAUGCAGACUACUAAAGACCCA